AAUGAGAGAAUGGUCCACCAUUACUAGGAACAUCCAUUUUCUCUCAUUCCCAAAAACCCAACCCAACUCUCACACCCUAACCCCAUUCCAUUUCAUUUCAUUCAUUUCAACACAACACAACACAUUUCCCAUUUCUGUUCAACAUGCGCUGUUCUUCUUUUCAUUUCCGAUUUCAUCAUCAAAGCCUUUUCCUCCUUCUUUUUCUUCACUCUCUCAAAUGAACCACCACCACCACCACAAUGAACCACACAACAACUCUUCUUCUCCUCAUCUUCCUCCUCCCACUUUCUCUAGUCCACACAAUCACCGACCCAAACGACCUCAAAAUCCUCACCCAAUUCAAAAACAAUCUACAAAACCCCCAACUUCUACAAUGGCCAAAACUAAACAACGACCCUUGUGGCCCACCAUCUUGGAAAUUCAUCUUCUGUGACGGUAACAGAGUUACACAGAUUCAAACCAAAAACUUAAACCUAAUCGGUACUUUACCUCCAAAUCUCAACCAACUCACUCAACUCACUAAUUUGGGUUUCCAAAAUAACAAACUCAACGGUCCAUUACCGUCGCUAAAAGGCUUGUCCAACCUUAAAUAUGCUUUCUUUGACAACAAUGAAUUCGAUUCCAUUCCUUUCGAUUUCUUCCAAGGGUUGUCGAGUUUAGAGACUCUUGCAUUGGAUAAUAAUUAUCUUAAUGUUACUACUAAUGGUUGGAAUUUUCCUUCUUCGUUGCAGGAUUCACCUCAGUUAACAACACUUUCUUGUAUGAGUUGUAAUUUGGCUGGUAAUUUGCCCGAUUUUCUAGGGAAAAUGAACUCUCUUUCCUUUUUGAAACUUUCCGGUAACAGUUUCACCGGAGAGAUCCCGCUGAGUCUUAACGGUUCUGGUUUGCAGGUUCUUUGGUUGAAUAAUCAAAAGGGUGAGUUGUUAUCUGGGAGUAUUGAUGUUGUUGUUACUAUGGUUUCUCUUACUAGUCUGUGGCUUCAUGGAAACCGCUUCUCCGGUUCCAUUCCAGAGAAUAUUGGAGACUUAGUUUCUCUUAAGGAUCUUAAUCUUAAUGGAAAUGAACUUGUUGGUCUUAUCCCUGAUUCUUUAGGUGAUAUGGAACUGGAUAAGCUUGAUUUGAAUAAUAACCAGUUUAUGGGUCCGAUCCCAAAUUUUAAAGCUUUGAAUGUUUCUUAUAGUAAUAAUGAUUUUUGUGUAAACAAAACUGGUGUUCCUUGUUCAUUUGAAGUUAUGGCUCUUUUGGGGUUUCUUGGUGGGUUGAAUUAUCCUUCAAAUCUAGUUGAUUCAUGGAGUGGGAAUGACCCUUGUGAAGGACCUUGGUUGGGGAUAAAAUGUAAUGGUGAUGGUAAAGUUUCUAUGAUUAAUUUGCCUCAUUUCAAUCUUAGUGGUACUUUAAGUCCUUCUGUUGCAAAUUUAGGUUCUUUGGUUGAAAUUAGAUUGGGAGGUAACAAUCUUAAUGGUGUUGUACCAAGUAAUUGGACUGGUUUGAUGAAUCUGAAAUUGUUGGAUCUGAGUGACAAUAAUAUUUCGCCUCCUUUGCCGGUUUUUAGUAACGGGUUGAAACCUAUGGUUGAUGGGAAUUCAUUGUUGAAUGGUGGCACAGAAGGUCCUUCCUCGGGGAAAACCAGUCCAUCAGGUCGAACUGGGACUGGUGGAGAUACACAGGGACACUCAAAUUCAUCGAGUUCAACUGAUUCGGUUGGAGCGAAAAAAUCUACAAGGAAAGGCUUGGUUUUGAUUGUAGCCCCUAUUGCUGGUGUGGCGGCUGCUGCAUUUCUGUUGAUUCCGCUUUAUGCAUAUUGUUUCAGGAGGACAAAGGAUGGAUUCCAGGCUCCAAGUUCACUUGUGAUUCAUCCUCGAGAUCCAUCUGAUUCCGAUAGUACCAUAAAAAUAGCUAUUGCUAAUAAUACAAAUGGAAGCGUUUCAACUUUGACAGGGAGUGGAACUGGAAGUAGAAACAGCAGUGCAGUUGGCGACUCUCAUGUCAUUGAAGCUGGGAACCUUGUGAUAUCGGUUCAAGUUCUAAGAAACGUGACCAAGAAUUUCGCUCCCGAGAACGAGCUCGGCCGUGGUGGAUUUGGGGUUGUUUAUAAGGGAGAGUUGGAUGACGGGACUAAGAUUGCUGUAAAAAGAAUGGAAGCAGGUGUGAUUAGCACUAAAGCCUUAGACGAAUUCCAGGCCGAAAUCGCAGUUCUAUCGAAAGUCCGACAUCGGCAUCUAGUGGCCCUCUUAGGUUAUUCUAUUGAAGGUAAUGAGAGGAUUCUAGUGUAUGAAUAUAUGCCACAAGGUGCUCUUAGUAGGCAUCUUUUCCAUUGGAAGAGCUUUGAAUUGGAGCCACUCUCAUGGAAGAGGAGGCUCAAUAUUGCAUUGGAUGUUGCUAGAGGAAUGGAGUAUCUUCAUACUCUUGGUCACCAGAGCUUCAUUCACAGAGAUCUUAAGUCCUCAAAUAUCUUGCUUGCUGAUGAUUUUAGAGCUAAAGUCUCUGAUUUCGGAUUGGUGAAACUUGCUCCUGAUGGCGAAAAAAAAUCUGUUGUGACCAGGCUUGCUGGGACCUUUGGAUACUUGGCUCCGGAAUAUGCAGUGACAGGAAAAAUCACUACCAAAGCAGAUGUUUUCAGUUUCGGGGUUGUGCUAAUGGAGCUAUUGACAGGAUUGAUGGCGCUCGAUGAUAAUAGACCCGAGGAAAGCCAAUACUUGGCAUCAUGGUUCUGGCAUAUAAAAUCAGAUAAGAAGAAACUAAUGGCCGCUAUUGAUCCAGCUCUUGAUAUAAAAGAAGAAACUUUCGAGAGCGUCUGCAUUAUUGCCGAGCUAGCUGGACACUGCACCGCUAGAGAACCAAACCAAAGGCCAGAAAUGGGUCAUGCUGUAAAUGUUCUUGGACCCCUUGUUGAAAAAUGGAAACCGUUCGAUGACGACACUGAGGAGUAUUCCGGUAUCGAUUAUAGCCUUCCUCUUAACCAGAUGGUAAAAGGAUGGCAAGAGGCCGAAGGAAAGGACACGAGUUAUAUGGACCUUGAAGACAGUAAAAGUAGUAUCCCGGCAAGACCUGCCGGAUUUGCAGAUUCUUUUACUUCAGCCGAUGGCCGAUGAAACAAAUGGUUUGUUGCUUUGCUGAAUGUUGAGUGUUCCUUUUCUUUUUUUUUCCUUUCACCUUCGUUUUAUCUUUCAUUAGGUGUAGAUAGCAUGCUCUGGUGUAAUAGAGGUCGAGUAAAAGAUUUCAUAUGCACUUGUGAAAAUUGGAAUCUCAAUUCUCACUUUUAUGCUUUGUAUUUUCUACUAUGAUAUUUAAGUGUUAAUGGUUGUAGAUAUGGAGCCACGAUCAAUGAAAAUGCUUGUAAUUUGUUUAUUUAUUCA